UCCCCGCGCCUAAAGAUUAUUUGGUCUUGCUUGCCGCUAACUUCAGAUAAUUCGUUCUUUCAACUUCCGUAGGCCUUCGAUAGACACGAUGGCACCUCGUCUUGUUCUUCGCCGACGAUUAUCUUAUAAUUCAAGCUCUAAUAGCAGAAGAAUGUGAUCUUGCUUUAUCUUUGGUUGGUUGUUUAACAAUGGAACAAAAAAAACAAUUUUUGGAACAAAUUAAGAGUUUACAAACUCUUUAUGAGCAACACCAUAGCGAAUUUGUAGAAACAAUUGAAAAGUUAAAAAAAGAAAACGUUGAAACAUGGAGUUUAACUUCUAAAAUAACAUCUAAUGCAGAGAUGAACAUUAAACUACAAGAAGAAAAUGUCUAUUUAAAAGAAAGUAAUUUUGCUUUAAAUGAAAAAAUAAAUAAACUGAAAUCUAAGAUUAAGCAAAACCAGCAGGAUUUUAUUAAAAAAAUUGCCCAAUGGGAAAAAAUUUACCAAAAAUGUACAUGUAAAAUAACCAAUUCUGCAAAAAGAGUUAAUUCAUCUGUUAAAAUUAAAAAGGAUAUUUCAAAAAUAUUUUUUGCCUCUCCAGAUGUGAGCUCUGUUAACAGCAAAAUGUUAGUAACGCUUGAACAUACUUUGGAUCAACCUGCGCCAAUUUGUAAUUCUACAUUUAAUGCUAAUUUGCUUGUCAAUAAUACUCAAAAUUCAGAUGAAAACAGCUGUUCUGAUAUUUAUAAUUCUUGUUUUAGUAAAACUACAAGCCCCUCAUUGAUAUCUAACAAUAGCAUAGUUACUAAUUCAAUAAUUAAAAAUAAUUUUUUAUUAUCUUAUGAUAUUUCUAAAACAAAGUCUUCUGAAUCUAAAAUGUCUAGUAAAGCUAUGUCAAAUUCAUCUAAAUAUGAGUUUAAUGAUAAAUUGGCUCUUUUAAAAGAGCAUACAGCCAAGUCUAAUAAAGAAAACACAAUUAACAUAAAAAAUAGUUGUGCAGAAAUUAACCAGUGUACCAAUUUCGAAAAACUUGAUUCUGUGAAUUCUAAAAAAGAUUAUUUGUUCAAAUUUGAUGAUGUUGUGCGCAACAAGAAAUCAAGUGAGCAACUUAAAGGUUUUACUUGUGCAGAGUGUGAGGCUUUUUACCGAUCUGAUAGUUUAUCUAAAAAUCAAUUAAAGGAUAUCCUAAAAAAUUGCUCUCGUCAUAAGCGCAAGUUUUCUCCUCCACCUGCAACUCAGCCGGAGUUUUGGAAUAUAGAUUUUCCAAAUACUCAACAGUAUAUAAAAAAAGGUUACAUGUUAGAUGAAAAUUGUGUUUUACCUGAUUGUGCUAAACCAAAAUGGCACACCAAAAAACUGAAUGCUAUUAGUGAUGUAACUAAAACUGAAUAAUUAAAAAUAGUUUUAAUUAAAAUUUUA